ACGUAGUGGGUUGACGUCAUUUUCAGACAGCGUUUUAACAUUUUAAUUUACAUUAUUUUAAACUGGAGGAUCGAGCCGAUUCACUUCACUGUAAUUCACUAGUAGCUAGAAGAAAACGUAGGGUUUUUUUCUUCUUGUAAACAAAUACUAAAUCCUUUUUUUUAUAAAAUGGCAUCAACGCCCGAAACCAAAGCACCAGAAAGCGAAAGCUUUGAAGAAGCGCCUGGUUUUGCUAAUACGAUAGCGAGUGUGAUUAGUCCCGUAAAUAUACUCCUGUCUGCAAUUAUAAGUUUUUUGUUGUUCAAAAUAUAUUGUAAGUUCGUGAAGUCGUCGACGGAUACGGUAGUGUUAGAAUUACCGAAACUUCGUAAGGAUAUGACCGUGGCAGAACUUCGUCAUUAUGACGGUAACCAGCCUGAUGGGAGGGUAUUGGUUGCAGUUAAUGGUUGGAUAUUCGACGUGACUCGAGGACGUCGAUUCUACGGCCCCGGGGGACCAUAUGCAGCAUUUGGUGGCAAAGACGCAUCAAGGGGCCUUGCCACAUUUUCUGUCACAUCAUCUGAUAAAGAGUAUGAUGACUUGAGUGAUCUGAACUCCAUGGAGAUGGAAUCCGUCAAAGAGUGGGAGGCACAAUUUAGAGAGAAAUACGAUCUCGUUGGUCGUCUACUGAAACCAGGAGAAGAGCCCACUACCUACUCUGAUGAGGAGACAGAGGAUACUGACUCGCCCGCAUCCACACCCGCCGACAAGAAACGGGAAUAAGUCCAGACUUUACACCAGGUUAUAAUCUCCUCUACAGUAUAUGUUUUAUGGUCACAGCCAGAUCUCAGUGGCCAUAAUCUAAGUACCUGUUCAUAGUAUUUUGUGUAGCAUUUGAUACCUGAUUAGUUUUGAAUCAUUUAUUACUGAUACCAAAUUAAAAUGGAAUUGGGAAUACGUUGAAAAAUAUCUUGGCUGCAGAAAAGAAUAUAAAACACUGUUCACUGCAUAUACUUUAAAAAUUCGGAGAUAAAUAAUUAUGUCAUAUAAAUAAUUGUUGCACUGUUUUAAUGGAAAUAUUUAUAUUGAACUACAGACUUGUGAUCUAUGUGCAGUAAGUUUUACUAUCCAUCCAAGAAAGUCAACUGAAAUCUUUUGUAAUUUCAUAAUGUCUUUGUACACUCGAUAUUAUAUUAAACGAAUCGAAAACUUUUCAGCAAACAUAUACGUUAUUUAGUAACACUUAUUGUUUAUUAAUGUUGUGAAUGAACUCUGAACUUUAUUUCUCUAUGCAGAUAUUUGUAAGGGCGCGUUCAUACGACACGAAUAACACUCUAGCGUCGAUCUAACGCAGACUGCUCGAGGCUACUACGUUUAGUAAAUAUGUAUCUUAUUUCGUAGGUAACAGUAUUAUAAUACUUCUGUAUAACAUACUGAUGCCGCGAGCCGUAUGUAAAUUCGUUCGCGUCGUCUAAACGAGACCUUGUAAAAUGUAACAUAAGUGAAAUGUAAAUUUUGUAAGAGCUUGCCUUUGUUAAGUGCGUUACAAUACAUAAUGAAUCAGUUUUUAAAAUUCAAAAAUGUAUCUUUACCGAAAGAAGGAACCGAAAUACUUGACGAUGGGACUUGGAUAUAAAAUCUGUUGUAUCAAGUUAUCUUUUGAUUAUAGCUUAUUUCAGAUGUUUGGAUGUAUAUUUACAGUUUCAUGAAUUGAAAGACUGAAUGAUGGCAUAUUAAUUUGAGUACCUACAAUGGUUAAGAAAUUACCGAUCAUGAUAAUGUAUCUUAUAGUACAUUCCUAUGUUGGCUUAAUAUUAGUUUUGUGCCAAUGUUAAACAAAGAUGGUUUUACUUUGUCAGUUUAUAAAUAUGUUGUUUUAUUGUUUGUAACUUAAUCAUGGUUUUAAGAAACUGAUUAAAUUGUAGGAGCAUGUGACUUUAUGCUCACAGGGAUACGGUUGAUAUUGGCAUGGCACACGUGUCACUCCAUUGUUCUCAUUUGGCACAAAGCGAAACUUACAUCACGGAAUGUCACAAAAAUAUGUAUUGUAUUUGUUGUGAAUUAUUUUUAUUAUUCACUGCUAUGGAAACAUGGAAGAUUGUUAUGAAUACGUGUUAUUUAUGAAUAGAGUGAUAUAUAUAUAUAUAUAUGUACAUGCAUAAUAAAUGACCCUAGGCUUAUAAAUUCCCUCUGGGUACUUAAAACUAUGUUCAUAUUGUAAAUUAUUACGUGUUGCAAUUGAAAAAUGUAUAAAAAAAUGAAAUGUGCAUAAUAUUUAAAUUAAUGUUGUGUAAUUCUACUUUUCCAUUUCUGUGUGUGAGUGUGAGUGUGUUUUUUGUACCUAAUUUUUAUUUGGCUUUAAGAGAUACUAUAUUGAAGUCGAUCGUUUCUUAUCUCCGGUUGGCGCCUUAUAGGUUGAGCAACGAUGCUUCAAAAUCUAACUACUUUUUUAUUUUUUCAUAAAACGCUUUUUGCACAUGCGUACUAAGUAUUUUUAACACUAGUUUUCAGUGCUGGCCUUAUUGUCUAUACAAUUUUAUUUACAGUACAAAAUAUAUUUAUGACAAAAACUUCAAUCUGCCCAUUAUACAUUGCUUAUUAUAGUUUGUUUGUUGUUAUUAUUAAAUUUAGAUCAUUGUUUUUGUUAGAUUAUGUUAGUGGUGUAAGAAAUCCCCUGGUAUGACUAAAGUAUAGAUAUAACUUGAAUAAUUUUUAAUUAUUGUGGACGCAACUCCACAAUGCGUUUAUUAAACAGACAAAUUAUGGGAAUAAUUCUUUGUCAAUGCGGCAUUUGUAUUGUAAUAAGUGAUCACCGAUAGCGAGCAUUUUCAGUUAUUGUUUUGCAGCAUUCAUGUGACAACCUUAUUCCAUUUAGAUAGAGCUAAAAAUGCAUCCAUCAAAAAAAGUAUAUCUGGGAAAGAAAUAAGUUUACUGUGUUUGUAAGAUACCGCCGGUGAGUAGUACUUUCUGAAUACAAAAGAAAAACAAUGCUCCAGACACAAACACAUAGUCUUUAAGUAAAUAUGUUACAGGCAGAUUAAAUAUUAAAUGCGCUAAUAAUAGAAUGAAAUGUUAUUUAUCAAGCAUCUUAAUACAGGUUUAACGUCUUGGAUGUUACUUUUAAUAGGUUUUGAACGUUGCCGAGUGAUCACCAGCAAAUAUGAAAAGUUAUUAGGACAAAAAAUUUGUAUAAAUUAUAUCAAUAAAGCCUAAAAAUUAGUUGUGGGCCAUCCCAAAGUAAACUUUAAUGUUAUUGUUUUUAUGAUGUAAGACUCUUAGUUCCUGUGUUCAUUUCAGAGCUAGUCUUGUUAUAUAUACAGAACAUAUUGCUUUAUAUAAAUAUAUCGAUCAUGUUACACGACCAGCCAUAAAAUCACGUUAAUUUUUAUUAAAACUGUUUAAUAUACACAGAUUAAUUCAUUAAGGAUUUUUAUAUUGCUGGAUUUCAAAUUGUUGAUUCCAAUUCGAGCCAACAUCGUUUUUAUGUUAUUGAACAAAGAACUAAAUAGUCUGCUAGGCAUAGCGAUUUAUUUGUAGCGUUGAUGGGGCACAUCGUGAAUAUCGUGUACAGCAAUGCAACUGUUACUUAUUCUAAAAUUACUACUUAAGAUGUUUAUUUUAACAUUAUCACAGAUUAAAACGAUUUAUAUAGUUUGUCUUUUAUUUUCAUAUAUUCAUUACAUGAAGGAUAGGUCCUUAAAGGGCUUUUCAGGCCCUAAAAAUUAGGGGAUUCAUAAAUUCAGGCAAUAAUGGCAAUGUUUACGUUAAUAAUCGCAUCUCAAUGGAAUCACAACGACUUGUGUUUUGCCAUUGCACUAUUUACUUGCACGCGUAACAUGACAAACUCGAGAAACGCUUUGUCUACACUCAUUUGUCAGUUUCUCGGGUCGAGAGUGAGAUAUCGUAUGGGCGCACCCGAGAAAAGUGACAUUUGAGUGUAGACAAAACGUUCUCGAGUUUGUCAUGCUACGCGUGCUGAAGUCCAAUAUUAAUAUGUAGUACCUACU